AUGCGUUUCAUCCUCGUCGCCGCUCUUCUCGCCCCCUUGGCCUCCGCAGCCGUUGCCGGCGUCGACAUUGAAGCCCGCGUCGAGGCCGUCGCCCAAGUCGAGGAACGCUCUGAGCUUCUCACGCUCGACAAGAGAGCCUGCGUUGCCAACGGCUGCAAAUGCAGCACGCUCCACCCUCUCAAGCAAGGCCAGUACUGCGGCAACUGCGUCUGGUCCAAUGGCGAUGGCUACAUCAUCACUGCCAAGCGCGUCAACAACCAUGUCUACGAGUGCUCGCCUUCGGGGUCGUGCUGUGAUUAUGGCGUGGCCAGCGACUGCGGCUCUGGAACUGCUCGAUGCGGAUAG